GUCUUCUGCUAGGCCUUCCAACGUGGGUUUGGCUUCGCAGUCUAAUUUUCUUGAUUAAUUGAGGAUUACAUUCAGAAAACUGAAUUAUUGGAAGUGGUUUUCAGUCUAAACGAGACAAAAUUUUCCAAUAUCACAUAUUAUGAUACAGAGCGAGAUUGGCUUUUUCUUGCACUACAGAACCGACUUGUGAAGGAUAAGGCAGCGUCUUAUGAGAUUCUGAACUCUUUUGAUAUUAGCCAUCUGAGUGAUAUCAUUAUCUCUGAAACUAGACAACAUAAGAGAUGUUCUGUUUCCAUUGCCCACCAGCUCUGCAUCCUGCCGCGGCCCGACAGUUCGGGGUGGAUUUGUCAUACCAGCAUCAUCAUCAUCAUCCCUAUGCUGGUUAUGGGUUGGGAAGCGAUUUCCAGGAUGACAAUUUCGCUAGAAGAAAACAGAGAAGAAACAGAACAACUUUUACUCUUCAACAGCUAGAGGAAUUAGAAAAAGCAUUUGCACAAACCCAUUACCCAGAUGUUUUCACCAGAGAAGAUCUCGCAAUGCGGAUUAACCUUACAGAAGCCCGUGUUCAGGUGUGGUUUCAAAAUCGAAGAGCAAAGUGGAGAAAAAGCGAAAGGUUUUCACAACAACCGAAGUCGGGGACAUCUAUCCAAAAUGACGUCAAUGGGGACGAAAUGCUAUCAGAAGGUGAUGAUGCAAAAAUUGAGGAUGAGUUGGAAGUAGAAACCGUCACAAGCACCGAAUUGGCCUCUGAGGGUGAUUCUCAAGCCGCCAAACUUCUUGAUGUGAUUUCUCGAGAGAUUGAUAGACAUUCACCUGAACCUUGCUGUAGCAAGCCAGAGGACAAUACUUCCACAGUUCAAGAAACAUCAUCAGAGUCUGAAAUACCCGCCUAUGAUAAAAAUGAGGACGAGCCUCAGAAACGGGUGGAAAAGACAGAGGAAACUGAUGGAUCUGAUAGUGUAACUGUAACUAGUGAUGCCAAUGAUUGUAUGACUGCUACAAGUGACAUCAAGGAAGAGGGCAAUGACGAUGCUCUAACUAUCCCAAAGACUACCCAAUCAUCUGGCAGAAUCCCGAGUUCGUUACCCAGCAUAUUUUCUGGAAUGCAAAACAUGUGCUCAUCGUCAUCACUAUUGAUGAGUAUGGCCAACCAAUCACAAGACAAUAUGUUAUUACAGAAACAACAGUUUAUGCAGCCGUCUUUCGUGCAGACACUUCUUGCUCUCAACAAUAAUGUAGUGAACAGACAGUCGAUGUUGCCCUUCAUGGAGGGAUCUGCCUACAAGAAUUAUCUAGAGAAUUAUCUCAAUACGCCAAGACAUUAUCUACCCCCAGUUCCACACCCUGCUUUCAAAGGAUGUUUGCCAUUUUGCGGUUGCUGCUCUCGGCCCGGAUGUCCUCCUAUGAUGAUUUCCUCUGACCAGAGAACAUCUAGUGUUGCAGAACUGCGGAGACGUGCGCGCGAGCAUUCGGAAUCCAUUACAUCUACUUCAUCUCUACAAGAACAAAUGAAUCCUAGAUCAUGUCCAUAGUUUCUAAAACUCAAAUCUAAUAUUCCUAUAUCCUCGAAACUGAUGGUGAAAAGACUCAUUCUAUUCACAAACGAUACAUUAUGGAUUGUUUUUUUUUUUUUAUCGCUUUCCAUGCAUUUAUAUUUCUAAUAUUGUGCAAUAUUGAAUACAUGUAUAUUGUUUGUUAUACUUAUUAAACCGCUUGAUUUAUCA